AUGGCGACCGGUCCGUUGGAGUCGGUGCAGUGCUUCGGGCGCAAGAAGACGGCAGUAGCAGUGACCUUGACCUACUACAAGCGGGGAUGUGGGCUGAUCAAGAUCAAUGGGUGCCUGAUAGAGUUGGUGGAGCCGGAGAUCCUGAGGUUCAAGGCGUACGAACCGAUACUCUUGCUGGGACGGCAUCGUUUCAUCGGUGUCGAUAUGCGGAUCCGUGUCAAAGGUGGGGGCCACACUUCCCAGAUCUACACCAUCCGCCAGAGCAUAGCCAAGGCCCUCGUUGCAUACUACCAAAAGUACGUCGACGAGCAGAGCAAGAAGGAGAUCAAGGAUAUCCUCGUUAGGUACGACCAGACCCUGCUUGUCGCUGACCCCAGGCGCUGCGAGCCCAAGAAGUUCAGUGGUCGCAGUGCAAGGGCUAGGUUCCAAAAGUCCUACCGUUGA